UGAAUAAUCGUCACCAGUUGAUGAAACAUCGUGGGGAGUGAAACAACUUAAAGGGAGUGGUUUCCCACGACAUACGAACACCGAUAUAAGGACUUAAAAUACAAUCAUAUUUCAAAGAGAAACUUAAAACAGACAGACGUGAAACUUUUUUUACACCUUAAAGCAUAAUAUUUAAAACUACAAGAACUGUGAAAGUUAGAAAAGAGAAGUAUAAAAACAUGUGGAUCCUGAUAGUAUCAGUAGCUUUAACGAUAACUUUACCAACACAAGGACAACAGCCCCCAUCAAGAUGCGUACAACUGUUCGACCAAGGUUUUCGGCAAUGUUUUCGAGAUAUGGGAGGGUUCGAGCUAGACAUCGUAUUCUCCCUAGUAACAAAUGAGACGAGCGGUCGACUGCCACCAAAUCUUGCUCCUCAGAAAAAGAAUCUGAUCGCUACACUUUGUGGCAAUCGUCAAGGAAUCACCAACUGUAUAAAACCCAUGGUUACCGGAGCUGACCCAUCCUGUCAACAAACAGACAUAGGUAUGAUGGACGGCACGGUCAACUCUAUGGUCAGUGGACUGGGGAAUCUCUGUGGCGUUCGCAACAACAAAUCCAUCAACCCGGGCCCAAGUGAAUGGCAGAAAAUUUAA